CACCACUCAAAAAGGAAAUAAACUACUUUUUCAUUCAUAUGGAGUCUGUAGAUAGAACUUCAUUUUGGCUACUACCUUCCCUUUCAUUUCUUCUUCCUCUUCUUCUCACCCUACUUUUCAUGCUUAUACGUAAGCCCAGGAAUAAACAAAGACUCAAGUUCCCUCCUGGCCCUUCUAAGCUUCCCAUCAUUGGAAAUUUUCAUCAACUUGGUGAACUGCCUCACAUUUCUUUAUGUGAACUCUCAAGGAAAUAUGGUCCGGUCAUGCUUUUGCAUCUCGGCAACGUACCAACGCUUGCAAUCUCAUCGGCCGAAGAUGCAAAAGAAAUCUUGAAAACACAUGACCUUGAGUUUUGCAGUAGACCACGUUUGGUUGGUCCGAAACGCCUUAGUUACAACUUCUUAGAUAUUGCGUUUUCGCCUUACGGAGAGUACUGGAGAGAGAUUCGAAAAGUAUGCGUUCAUGAACUCUUUAGUGCGAAGAGAGUUCAAUCAUUUGGAGCUUUGAGAUCAGAAGAGGUUGCAGUUAUGAUUAAAUCUAUAUCGAAAGCCGCUGAUUCUGGCACACAAAUUGAUAUCUUUCAGAAGCUGUUAUCUUUUACUGAUCAAACUGUUUGUAAAGUUGCUUUUGGCAAGACUUACGAAAGAGAAGAAUUUGGCAGUGGUAGAUUUCAGCAUCUCCUGUCCGAAGCCGUGGCUAUGCUGGGUAGUUUCAGUGCAGCUGAUUUUUUCCCUAAAGUAGGCUGGGUUAUUGACAGACUCACCGGACUGCACCGAAGACUUGAGAAGAGCUUCCAUGGUUUGGACACUUUCUAUCAGGAAAUCAUCGAUGAACAUCUAGAUCCGCAGAGAACAAAUCCAGACCAUGACGACAUCGUAGAUGUUCUGCUCAAACUAGAAAAGGAUCGGCUCAGUUCCAUUCGUCUCACGAAAGACCAUAUCAAGGCAGUUCUUAUGAAUGUUAUUCUUGCUGGAAUCGACACAUCUGCAGUUACCAUGGAUUGGGCAAUGGCGGAACUGAUGCGAAGUCCUGAAUCAAUGAAAAAAGCACAAGACGAGAUAAGGACCUACGUAGGGAGUGAAGGGAAAAUAGACGAAGAAGAUCUCGAUCAUCUUCCGUAUCUUAAAAUGGUAGUGAAAGAGACACUAAGACUUCACCCACCUGGUCCGCUAUUGCUCCCACGAGAAAGUAUGCAACUAAGUAAAAUCAGUGGAUAUGACGUCCUACCAAAAACCAGGGUGCUCAUAAAUGCAUGGGCAAUUGGGAGGAAUCCUGAUUAUUGGGAAAAACCAGAUGAAUUCUCCCCUGAGAGAUUCACGGAUAGUGACAUUGAUUUCAGAGGACAAUCUUACGAGCUCUUACCAUUUGGAGGAGGCCGAAGGGGAUGCCCGGGAAUUAACAUGGGAAUUGCAAUGGUGGAGCUUGCGCUCGCGAAUCUAUUGUACUUUUUUCGUUGGGAAUUGCCAAAAGGAAUGAAGAUAGGAGACAUAAACAUGAAGGAAUCGUUCGGACUUACUGUCCACAAGAAAUCUGCUCUUUACCUUGUGCCGAUCAAACAUAUAUACAGUUGAUCAAACUAAGCAAAAUUAAGACUAAACCAUAAUAGUGAAGUCUUUCAGUAAAAUGUUCGGUUUACACAGAAGUGGAGACUUUAUUUGUUUCAGAGCCCCUCAGUUUCGCAUUACUUCUUGAAUGUGUGGUAAAUAUGAUACUGUAAUAUUAGCCGAAUAAGCUGAGUGACUUGUAAUGUUUUUACUGGUAACGCAAAAUUUGAAAAAAUCGUCAUUCUUGGGAAGCGGUUGUUGCAUC